GAACUGAGCGGUGUGCUUUUGUGUGCACAAAUACAUCCAGUAUCCUCACUUAACACCACCAAAUCUGUCUGGGAGAAAGCCUCUCGUCAACGGUCGUCUCUAUGGUUACAGGAAGGGUAGACGUGAGGGAGGAGGUGGAUAGGACGGGGUGUUCUGAUGCUGUGAGAGAGGAGGGGGGACGUGCUCGCAGACGCUCAUCGCUGCCUUUAGCACUCCCGAGACGGCCUCCCGUGUUUUCUGUGACCCCCCUCAGGUGGUGGAAUACACUUGUGCAUGCAAUAUUAAUGUUACAGCUGGCUCUCAAGCAUCGUCCCCGCCCCACUGUCACCGUCUCACAGAUAGACACGCGUAUCGACACAAACACGAGCUGGGAGGACCGGCUGCUGAGACCGAGCAUUAGCAGACACAUCCCUGUCUGGCAGAUUCCUGUGUCACCAUGGAAACCCUGCAUCGGGUUAGGAGUAGUUGUUCCUGGGCUGUUUGAGUGCAAUCUCAACUCCACUCGCUCAUGAAAUCUAAUAAUGCAAGAACUUAUGACAGAAACGAGUAUGUUCGCUGUGUGACCCGCGAACAUAUGUCAGCGUCCAAUGUAGGCCCCCCCAGCAUAAAUACCAGUCCACUGCUGACCAGUUGCCCUUCUGGGACAGCUGCACUGGCCUGAACUCCCUCCCUGCUGCCAAAGCACACACUCAGCUGGACCCACAUGGAAUGUCUCUCUCUACUGCCUGCAUUGUUUUAAAUGCUCAGUGUGUGUGUGUGAGUACAUGUGUUUGUGUCCUGCAAUUGAGAAACCCACUUCACACCUCCUCCUCCUCCCCAGUCCAGUAGGGAGUAAUGACUCGAGCUGAAAUCAGUCUUUAUUUCUCUCUUUCUCUUUCUAGCUUUCUCUCUGUCGCACUGACCCAGCAGUACAGGAGCACUUCGCCCUGCUGACUAUAGACUCAACGCCAAAAGUCACCACUUAUGACCGAGCGUGAUUUUUAGAAAGCUGUAGGCUGCUUGUUGAUCUGCUCUGUGGUAAAGCCGUCAAGGUGGGAUUCCCAACCGGGGGUCUCAGAACUAUUCGUUUGGAAAUACGGUUCAGGACUUCCACUAGUUUAUUGUGCAAUGUCAUCAUGUUAUAAACACACAGGGUUAGCGAGUCUUUCGGGGUCAAAGAAAGAAAAAAGGAAAAGACAAGGGUUCAAGUUUAGUUAUGUAGAACGUAGGAUGUGACCCUGAACGCAUCUUCGUUCUUUAGAAAGAAAGAACAUCAAAACGCUUGAGUGUGUAUAUGAAUUCUUCACACGACUCACUGUUUGUACCAACUCAACACAGGCACGACUCCACGAUCACUCACACUCAGCUGUCUCUCUCUCUCUCUCUCUCUCUCUCUCUCUCUCUCUCUCUCUCUCUCUCUCUCUCUCUCUCUCCCCCCAAAUAUGACCGUGUUACCUGCUGAGCUUCACACCUGCUACAUCUGGAGGAGGAGAGAGGAUGCCACAGCUGUGUUUCUACUUCCUCUAAAUACACCUUCAACCUGGAUGUGACUCAGUGGGCGCAGAGUGUGUUUGGGAGCAAAGAGCCCUGCUGGUCGGCUUUGCCUCCAGACGGCGAAGGGAUAUUUUAGACAAAGACCGGACCGGUGCCGGUGGGACAGAAGGCGGCGGCGGGCUGAGCUCGUGCUCCUCCUGACGUCACCGCAUAAGGAGCCCGCGGAGCCGGCGGGCCGGAGGGGAGAGGGGCAGCAGCCGGACCAGGGUGGAGGAGGAGGAGGUGGAGGGGGUCCUCCAGACAUCGCUGAGCGCUCCGUGACUGACCACCGCCUGAGCUGAAGAGGAAGGGGGAAGGAGGUGUGAGGGGGGGGGUCCCGAUCCGGAAAGUGUAUAUGUGUGUGCAGCUAUGGGGAAGGACUACUACAAGACCCUGGGCAUCCCCAAGGGCUCCAACGAGGAGGAGAUCAAGAAGGCCUACCGGCGCAUGGCGCUGCGCUUCCACCCUGACAAGAACAAGGAGGCCAACGCGGAGGAGAAGUUCAAGGAGAUUGCAGAGGCCUACGAGGUGCUCAGCGACCCCAAGAAGAGGGUUGUCUACGAUAAGCUGGGAGAGGAAGGUUUAGGGGCAGGAGGAAACAGUUCUUCGGGUGUUCCUGGCGGCUCAACGUACCACUACACCUUCCAUGGAGACCCCCAUGCCACUUUUGCCUCCUUCUUUGGAGGCUCUAAUCCUUUUGACAUGUUUUUUGGCUCCAACCGCAGCCACGGCCGCUCAAACGGUUUCUCCUUCCACAACGACCACAAUGCAGAGCAGGACAUGGACGGGGAUGAGGAGGACCCCUUCGCUCAAAUCGGGAGACCGUUCGGCUUUCCGGGGGGGGUGAGCAAUGGCUUCCCAGGGGAGGGCCGCAGGAGGAAGGGGGUGCCGUCAGAGCGCCUGGGGACAGGGCGAAAGCAUCAGGACCCUCCGGUGGUCCACGAGCUGAAGGUCUCUCUGGAGGAGAUCUUCCAUGGCUGCACCAAGCGCAUGAAGAUUACCCGCCGCAGGCUGAACCCCGACGGACGCAGCAUGAGGACAGAGGACAAGAUCCUUAACAUUAUCAUCAAGAAGGGUUGGAAGGAGGGGACCAAGAUCACCUUCCCAAAGGAGGGGGACGAGACCCCUGAGAACAUUCCUGCUGACAUCGCCUUUGUGCUCAAAGACAAAGGGCACGUCCACUUCAAAAGAGACGGGUCCAACGUUAUUUUCAACUGCAAGAUUAGUCUCAAAGAGGCGCUGUGUGGCUGCACAGUGAGCAUUCCCACGCUGGAGAACCGCGUCAUCUCGCUACCAUGUCACGACAUCAUCAAGCCGGGGACGGUGAAGCGAUUCAGGGGGGAAGGCCUGCCUUUGCCCAAGAACCCGUCCCAGCGCGGUGACCUCAUUGUGGAGUUUUCUGUUCGUUUUCCCGACAGGAUUCCCCCUCAGUCCAGAGAGAUUAUCCGACAACACCUCCCCCAGUCAUAGGAGGACUCACCUUCAACCCCUCCUGCACAAACACUCCAGACUAAAUGGGAACAACCGCAAAUAAAACAACCCUUCAUAUUUCAAUUUUGACCCUCAUUGCAGUUUCCCUUCCCAACGUCCAGUCCCCAUGUCUCAUAUAAUGCAUGCAGCACUGGACAGUCGGUUGUGGGAACGUCAGAUUUGGAGAAUAAGGAAGGAAUGCCAGACAAAUGGCACUUUAAGGAUGUUUUUAUUUGUGUUUCUUUUGGCCGAAGCUUACACAGACACACACACACACACACACACACACACACACACACACACACACAGACAUACACACACUUAAGCAGCCGAGCCGGGCUGGGGAUGGAUCUGUUCUUAACUCCUUUUUUUUUAAUGGACUUAUCAGUGAUUUUAUAGGCUUUCAACUCUUUUUAUUAUACGAUGAAGCGAGAGAUAUUUAAAAAAACAUUUUUAAAAGUGAGUGUUCAGUGCAAACGCCGGCUCACCUGCUUUCUUAUGUUUUCAGUCUAAUAAAGCAUCUUGCUUGAAGUGUGUGAGCCAUUUGCUAAAAUGUAUUUCCGCUAAAAUCAAUUGUAUUCUGAUGCGUUCAAUGCACUCAGGAGAAUAUCAGCGUAUCUCAGAUGCAUCUGAAAAAUCUAAGAACGACAAUCAGGAACAAUAACAGCAGUGUAAGCUUGGAUAAUACAAUCUGCACGUGAUAUGGGUGCUUUCCCUUCUGACCUGAAUAGCCUGACUCGCUAUCUGUGGGACAUCCGGGUGCCUUAGCCUGGUGUCGAACCAUAUAUGUGAACACACACACUACAGAAACACAACCAGCCAUGCAAAGUGCACAACAGAUGAUGCCCUAUGCUGUGUUACACAUUUGGGGGUGCUGAUCUUGGUAUGACAGUAAGUAAGUAAUGUAACAUCAAUGGCCAUAAUAACUGUUUGUGAGCAAUGAUAUUUUUACGGAGAGAUUUGAUACAAAACUACAGAAUUUUUACCAGUGCAUCCCUGUAAAGUGCCAUACAAGCACAGGUUGGGUUUCCCAGUGGAAGGAAAAGUAUUGAAGUAAUCUGAGGUCCAAAGUGGAAAUCUCUCUGGGAAACCCGUCUUUGUUGUGUAUAUUCUGCUCUUGUGCCAUUUGAAGGCAAUGUCUCGGUGCUACUGUGAGAAGUCUCUUCUUUUCAGUGUCAUGGCUUCAGUUUGUCAUUUCAUCACUGCUUCUCUACGUGUGCAUCUAACGUGUUUUUUUUUUCAAGUAGAAAACACUGUUUAGGAGACAGGUUUUUGUAGUAUUGCAACAGCAAUUCUCAUUCUAAACUGCAGGGGGACCUUUAUCUCCACCUACUGCAGUUUAUACUUAUGAUAAGAUGUGUGUGAUAAGUAUUGUUUAUGCAGGCAGCAGCAGUAGGACACAUAUAUCACGCGUGUGGGAAAAUGUUUGAAUGCAAUUUGUUGAUAAAUGCACUUUUAUGUCAUUAGAUACUGACGGAACUAUACGAUAACAGGAGAGACUUGAAUGACUUGAGUGUGUGAGCUUCCUUCCUGCGGGGACGCUGGAUUGUGGCUGCGAGCAGAACGCAGUGCUGCUGCCGAGGGACUGUCACUGCUUGUGUGCAUUUUACUAUAUUUAUGAUCUUUUUAAAAUGGCAACAAAUAAACCAAAUGUGUGAACUUA